AUGGGCGACUGGAACUUGUUGGGCAGCAUCCUUGAAGAAGUGCACAUCCACUCCACUAUAGUUGGCAAAAUCUGGCUCACAAUCCUGUUCAUAUUCCGGAUGCUAGUGCUGGGAGUGGCUGCUGAAGAUGUCUGGGAUGAUGAGCAGUCAGAGUUCAUCUGCAACACAGAGCAACCUGGCUGCAGCAACAUAUGCUAUGACAAAGCCUUCCCUAUCUCUUUGAUCAGAUACUGGGUAUUGCAGAUCAUAUUUGUAUCUUCUCCAUCUCUUGUUUACAUGGCUCAUGCACUGUACAGAUUAAGGGCUCUAGAGAAAGAGCGACAGAAGAGGAAAGCCCACCUGCGGGCUCAGCUAGAAGAUCUGGAGCCUGUGCUUGAAGAACACCGGAGAGUGGAGAGGGAGCUGCGAAAGUUGGAAGAACAGAAGAAAGUGAAUAAGGCACCCUUAAGAGGGUCUCUGCUGCGCACCUAUGUCCUACAUAUCCUGACCCGCUCAGUGGUUGAAGUGGGCUUUAUGAUAGGUCAGUACCUUCUGUAUGGAUUUCACAUGUCACCCCUUUACAAAUGUACUCGGCCCCCUUGUCCUAACACAGUGGAUUGCUUUGUGUCCCGACCCACAGAGAAGACCAUCUUUAUGGUCUUCAUGCACAGCAUUGCUGCGGUCUCCCUAUUCCUCAACAUCCUAGAAAUCGCCCACCUGGGCCUCAAGAAGAUCCACAAGACCCUCUAUGGGCGACCGCAGCAGCCAGUGGGCCCUGCAGAUGACGAGGCCAGUCCUUACAAUUCCAAGAAGAACUCUGUCGUCCCACCAGCGUGCCCGGCCGCCGACACCUCCCCUCCACGCUCCGCCGCGGCUCCACCGCCCCCCACCGCCUCCUCGGCCACCCCCGCCCCGCCCGCCCCUCCUGGGCAGCCGGGCCACCAGCACCACGGAGAGCUCCACGCCGCCGCCCCGCCGCGCCGCCGGCACAGCGCGGCUCAGCACCACGGACAGCAGCCGCCGCCCUCCUCCAGCAGCGAGGAGGCGCCGCGGGCUGCGGGGCCGGGGACGCCGGGGCCCGGAACGGGGGCGGGCCGCCGAGCGCUCCGCAAACAGAGCCGCGUGAGCGUCUGUCGCGACCUGGAGGAGAACCGCGGGGAAUCCCCUGACAGCGGACACUGCCCGGGCACCCGCAAGUCCAGCUUCCUCUCCCGGGUGCUCUCCGAGAGCCGGGCGGGCAGCGACAGCGAGAGCGCCGCCUCCCGCCGAGGCUCCGGUCCCGGCUCCGCCUCCGGUUCCGGCUCCGAGGAGCAGCGCCACGAGGAAAGCAGCCCGGCCGGCAGCCCGCCGCCGCCCGCGGCCAUGGGACGCCGCGUGUCGAUGGCAAGGGAGAUGAAGCUGUGGAACAAAGAGGCACCUCUUGCAUGCUCCAAGCCUACUGGUCCUCAAUGGGCAAGGAGACCUUAG